AUGCGGCAGUGGCGGGCGUGGGAGCCUCCCCUGCUGCUGCUGCUGCUGCUGCUGUUGCCGCUGCUCUCGGCGUGGGGGGUGGCGGCGUGGAACGUCGGCGAGAUUAUCCCCGUCACCCUGCACGUGCGUCUCAAGCGGAUGUCGCCAAAUAUCGCCGUGGGCCGCGACGACGUGGACGACGUCGAGGACAUGCAGGACCUGCUGCAGGGGGAGCAGUUCCUCCGGCCACUCCCGCCCGACUUCUGCCCGCGCUUCGGCAUCAACAGGCGCGUGCACCAGCCCGCCAAGCGCCUCUUCGAGCGCGCACGCAAGCAGGCACAAGUCCCCGGCCACUCACUUAGCGACGUGGCCGUGCGGUUCCAGCUGGAGCGCGGGCUCAGCAAGUCCACCGCGUGGCUGCCGCUGCUGAAAAGCACCGUGCGGGAGCCGCCGUACGGGGCGCACACGCCUUCCAAUAAGACGGGCCGCGACGGGCACGUGCUCCACCUGGCGGCCGUCACCUUCAGCUUCGGCUACCAGGAAAGCACCUUCAAUAAAAUAACGGCAUUUCACGCGGAGCCGGUGUACGCCGGCGUUCAGCACGACGCGAUUGAGCUGCAGUACCGCUGGGAGGAGCACCGCGCCUACAACCCGCACAGAGCCCUCAGCGUGUGCGCCUUCGCCUGCGUCUUUGCCACCGUCGCCGUCCUCUACAUGAUAGUCUUCGCCCCAAGCAGCCUCUCGACGCAGCUGCGGCGUGGGAAGGUCGCACUGCGCAGCCACCGGGAGUGA